UUGAUGGAGGUUCGAGCCUGGGUCUGACCCGCUGUUGUGCGUCUGUGUCCGGUUAGAGCGUGUGCUACUGCCGCCUGCGCCCUUGGAGACACGGACCACACGGUGUUUAGUGGAUUAAAACACUUAGAAUUUCUGGAUAUUUUCAUGAAACAGCAGAGAUGCCCUGUGUCCAAGCCCAGUACACCUCCCUCCCCCACGACCUCACCUCCCCCUCCUCCUCUUUCUCCUCUUUCUCCUCUCUCUCCUCACCCUCUCCCCCCGCUGAGCUCCUCAACUCAGAGCUGAGCUCCAGACUCCUCAUGGACCUCCAGAAGGAAGACCCCACAGCGGACUCUUCUCUCCCCAGCAUCAACACGCUGGUCGGGAGCGCUUACGUCGGCGAAUUUGAUACUUAUUCCUGCAAAAUUACUACAUCUCCUGCUAUACCUUGUACCUCAUUCAGCCCUGGUCCUCAAACCUCGAAUCAGCCUUUUAAACUAGAUGAUCUCCAGGUUUACGGAUGCUACCCAGGAUCCUUUGCGCUCCUGGAUGAGACCCUGUCAUCAUGCGGAUCUGAUUAUUACGGAAGUGCCAUCUACGCUACAGGAUCGUCUCCAAAUUUCCAAAACCAAACAACACCUGUUUGGGAUUCCCCGUUCACUUCUUACCAGUCCACGGACAAAACGCAGCAGUUGUCAUUUUGUGCGUUUAGCCCCAGUUUAGACCAGCCAGGUGAACAGUAUUUCCUGCCCCCUCCACCUUUGCAGCAGCACGUGUUGUCAAUGCACGGGCCCCCAGUGUCCCGGGACCCUUUGAUAGACAGUCCAGGCCUGGUGGAGGAGGGGCCCGGGAUCUCUCCGAAGAGUCAGAGUCACGGGGGGAGUGAGGGGAGGUGUGCCGUGUGUGGAGAUAAUGCUUCAUGCCAGCAUUACGGAGUCCGCACAUGUGAGGGAUGCAAAGGAUUUUUUAAGCGAACAGUACAGAAAAACGCUAAGUACGUGUGUUUGGCCAACAAGGACUGCCCCGUGGAUAAGAGGAGGAGAAACCGCUGCCAAUUCUGCCGAUUCCAGAAAUGUCUAGCAGUGGGCAUGGUCAAAGAAGUGGUGCGCACAGACAGUCUAAAGGGCCGGCGUGGACGACUACCCUCCAAACCCAAAAGCACAGAGCCCUCGCCCACCGCUCCCACCGUCAACCUCAUCUCUGCUCUGGUGCAGGCCCAUGUCCAGUCCAACCCCAGUGCCACCAAACUCGACUACUCCAAGUACCAGGAAACUGUGGACAAGCCCUCGGGGAAGGAGGAUGCAGAAGACAUUCAGCAGUUUUAUGACCUUCUGACCGGAGCUCUGGAGGUGAUCAAAGCCUGGGCUGAAAAUGUCCCUGGAUUCAGUGAGUUCUGCUCCGAAGACCGACAGCUGCUCCUGGAGUCUGCAUUCGUCGAGCUCUUCAUCCUCAGACUGGCUUACAGGUCUGAGCCAGAGCAGCAAAAACUGGUGUUCUGCAGUGGUAUGGUGCUACACAGGCUGCAGUGUGUGAGGAGCUUUGGCGACUGGAUCGACUCCAUUUUAGAUUUCUCUCAGAGUCUGCAUCGAAUGAACCUGGAUGUGUCCAUGUUCUCCUGCCUCUGCGCCCUUGUCAUCAUCACAGACCGCCACGGCCUGAAGGAGCCCAAGCGUGUGGAGGACUUCCAGAGCCAGCUCCUGUCCUGUCUGAGGGACCAUGUGAGUGGGUCACAGCCCAACUACCUGUCCCGUCUGCUGGGCAAACUGCCCGAACUCCGCACCCUCUGCACCCAGGGCCUGCAGAGGAUCUUCUACCUCAGACUGGAGGACAUGGUGCCUCCUCCACCCAUCGUCGACAAGAUCUUCAUGGAUACUCUGCCUUUCUGAAACCACAAACAUGGACACCCAGUGGUGAAACGCACUUAAUGUGAAGAUCUGUUUCUGACUCCUGACCAUCCAAGAACCUCUCCAUCCUAAUCAACAAGCAGCACUGUUUUAACAUUUCCCCAUUUCGGAUUCAGAAACACUAAAGCAAAGCCAUCUACUAAACAGCAGUCUCAACAGUAAAGCCUUACAGACACAUGAGCAAAGAAGUCUUCAUCUUGGACCAAAGUUUAUGAAUAAAACCAAAGUUGCACAUUUCCCAGUAAUCACCACUUCUCUGUAACUGGAGUAAACCUUAACUCUAACCUGGAGUUGUUCUUCAAGUGCCUUAACCCUGUGGUUCUCAACCUUUUUCUCCCAGUGUCCCCUAUUUUAUCCAUGGAUACAUUAGCGACCACCUCAAAACAUUAUUUUUUCUGGUUAAUUAAGAUAUUAUAGAACAGUAAUGGUUAUAUGGCUUCAUAGAGAGGCAAUUAAUAUGGCAUGCCUUAAAAUUCUCAUAAUCUAGCUGCUUUUCUAAGAACUCCUGGGACACCCCUGAGAGUCUUGAACCUCAGCUUUGGGAAAGCCUUAACCCACAUCACACCACUCUACUGUACAUGUUGCACAUAGCCUUUCUGCAGCAGACUGAAGAAUCAUGGAGGAUUAUGGGACAGGUAUAGUGUCUGGAGCCGCAGGGGUUUCUGGGUAACUUGAUAAAGAACAGAGGACACACUAGAGAGAAACAUGCACCGCACAAAGGAUCACGCUGCAUGGCUUAAAAUGACUUGAAUUCACAAUACUAAUUUUGAUUUGAUUGGUUUUGAUUUUUUUUUAAGUUAAGUUUACUUUCCAUGACUAUUUAACCUGUUACAUGGAAGUAAUUUCUAUUUCAGAUCCCAUUGUUUAUUGUUAGACAAUAGAUAAACUAAUAUUACAUUAUAUUUCAUUAUGGCAGUUUUAUUACUCAAAAAUACAUGCACCCUACAAUGUGGACUUGCCUCUCCAUAGACCUGACAGGUAUACCUGCCUGUCUCCAAGGAGAUGUUGCUGCUUACUCUGAAAUGUUCAACACUAUUGCUUUAACUUAGCUAUCUCCGUGGAGAUGAGCAGAUGGUAUGGCAAGUGUUCUACAGUGGGUCUUAAAAGGACCCAUAUUACGCUGUUUUCUGAUCUGUAUUAUAAUGUUUUUUCCUCAUCACAAACAGACCUGGGGUUGUGUUUUGUUUUAUUCACACAAGCCCUGCAUAUUUAGGCUAAAUUCUUUCAAACAGAAAACCCUCUGUUCCACCUUGUGAUGUCAUGUGGUAAUACAGGAAGUACUACACUGUGUUUUUAAACUCCAUACACCUUCACUAGAAUCAUUUGGAGGAUUUCAGACCUGGAAUCUCUCUACUGAACUGAAGGUCAAAGGAAGAUGUUAACUUCAAAAUUACCACUACAUGACAGCAUAAGACGGAACAGAACAUUCUGAGCUUUGGAGACUAACUAAAAAUACAGGAUUACUCAAACAUGUGUGAAUGAAACAAAACACAACUACAGGUAUGUUUUUGAGGAGGAAACACCACUUUAACAUUAUAGCUCACGAGAAUCCAUUUUGUGUAAUACAGGACCUUUACGUUUAAAUAUUGGUUAUUUAUUCAAAAGUAGUCAAAGAAACUACACAAAUCAAGAAAAUUAUUAUAAUCCUUACACUUUUCAACUGAUUUAAAUGAACAGUUAAUAAUUCAUAGUUUGAAGUAUAUUGUGUCCUCAAAGCUCUCCUUCACAUGGUGCAUUGCAAGAACUUGAAAUGAAGAUAUGGUCUACUGUAGGGUUUUGUAACUGUAUAUUUCUUUCUAUGAUGUGUGAGAUUUUUCUUAUGAAGUUGAACGAGCAGCUAAAGCACUUCUGUGUGAGACACGUGUUUAUUUUACCUGCAGCUUGAUAAUGACAUGGAACAAUUUUGAAUGUUUUUGAAGUUAAUUAUGCAAGAAACUGUAUUUUGGAAUGUAAUGUGUUGAAAUGUAUUCUGUUGGCUGUUGGUUUGUCUUGAUUUAAAAAAAAGUUUAUAAGUUAUAAUUAAAAUUAAAAUGACAAAAUCACA